GACUUUUGUCUCUUAUCGACUGACAUAUGCUAUAUGAUUUUUUAUAUUUUAUAAAGUAAUUUUUAAUAAUCGACUACCAUGAUGACGGAAGAAAAGGUUCAAGAAAAGGCUGUCCUAGACCCUGAUCAUGAGAUACUGAAGAGAUUUCAAGAAGCUCUGACAGAUCAUUACACCCGACAAAUAGAUCGUUUAAAUAAUGAAAUAUUUGACUACGAAGCUGAACAUAAGAAGAGAGAGGAAGAAAAAGAGCUGUUAGGUGUUGAGGUAUAUGAGGCCCAGCAAGUUGUGUGCAGGCAACAGAAAACUUUAGAUGAGAUUACGCAAGAUGUGGAAAAUAUUAACGCUGCAAAACAAGAAGUGGAAAAUCAGAUUAAGGAGCGCAAAGAGAAAUUUAAGGAAGCCAAAGAAGCUAUGGUCGCUGCUGAAAAAUAUAACAUGGAAUUACAGAAUGAAAUAAACUCUAUCAAUUUACUGAUAAGUCAGGUUUCGCAAUGGGAGUCCAAAAUAGAGUCAAACCUUGUUGUAAAUCAACGUAUCGCCGAAAAAACCCGAAAAGACAAUUUAAAACUGGCAGAAGAAAAGCGAAAACAAGACGCUCAAUUGUACAAGGUGAUGUGUGCCAUAUGGAAAUUGGAAAGUGAAAUUGAAACAAUGAAUAUUCAAAGUAAAUUAAAAGAAACUGAACAAAGGGAACUCGAAGAAAGAGUAACGACGGGUAACACGCAUUUGGAAGCAUUGCAAGCUGAAUACCGAUGUCUUAUGCAUUCGUGGAAUUCGGUGGUGGUAGCAAUUGGAUCUCGAGACAGAAUCGUUGAAUGUUUAAGAACAGAGACUCGCAAAAUCCGUGAACAAAUUAAGAGCGCAAUCGCCGAAAUUGAAAAGACGAAAAAGUUAACAAAAAAAGAGAUGAACACAAACGAACGUCUGGUGUUGAACAAGGCGAGAGCUGAAUUAGAUGUGUCCAAUUGCAAGCAACUGUUAGACGAACAACUUCAGAAAUACAAUGAACAUAUGGAAGUCGCCGCAACUUAUAAAAAUAUGGCUGAUCAAACACAAAAAGACAUAGACAGGAUAGUUGUGGAAAAUAACUAUAAACGGACGGUUCUUUCUACAAUAAUGAAGGAUUAUGACAAGGUUUAUACAAAAAAGAGUGCAUUAGAGCGAAAAUUACUUGAAAUUAUAGAGAAUCAGGCCGCCAAUGACAAGGUAGCCGAAAGUUUAUACCGGAUGCUGAACACCACCAAGGAACGCAAAAGAGACCUGGAAAUCAUCAUGAACGAGGCGGAGAACAAACAAAGCUUGAUAGCGACGGAGAUCGAAGCCCAAAAAUACACCAACUCUGAAAACGAGCGACUGAUGACAGACGUGGACGGGCAAAGAAUGCAGCUAGAAGCCGAAGCCGACGGCAUUCAAGCCAGCAAGGUUAACUACGAGAUGUUGUUCCGGAAGAAGGAGCGCCACGUUACCGUGUUGAACAACAAAUUAGAAGACAUUCUGGAACGAUCCCAAACGAGAACGUUAGCUUCGCCGCAAGAAGUUCGUCUUCUUACCCUGGAGAAACACAUCGAGGAACUCCAGGAGAAAAUCAAGAAUUUGCAAAUAUUUUGGUUGCGCGAGCAAAAGAACCUGCUGAACGUGUCGAAAGAUCGACAGGACCAACUGCAUAAAUUGAACUUGCUAAAGAAACAGAACCUGAUUUUGGAACAGAAGAAUCUGAAAGUUAGCAAUGAAAUUGAGGAGUAUAAGAGGCAGGAGAGGAUGGUGGUACGGAAUAUAAAUAACUUGCAGAAUAAAAUUUCGAACUUGUGCGAUAGUUUGACGAAGAAGAAGGAUAGGAAAUUGGAUUUGGAUAAGUCGAAUUACUAUGUGCAGUCGCAAUAUGAAGGCAAGCUAAAAGACUGCGAACUGGAAUGCCUUCAACUGGAAGCAGAGAUUGCCGAAAUAGAAGACGAAAAAAUUGUUCUAAGUAAAGAGUUAAUACAGGUUAACAGGGAAGUAUUGGAAUGGGAGCAAAGAGUUCAAUUGGGCAAAGAGACGAAAUUGCAACUAAGAGGUGUACAGCAUAAGGGUGGCGAAGUAGAGAAUAUGAGGCAAGAAAUCCAAAGGAUGUCCGUUAUUUAUAGUCAACUGAAAAAAGCUCAAGAGAAACUUAUCAAGGACUUGGAGCACUGCGUCUCAAGAAGGGAUGCUAUUUUCACUGUAGCCGAAGCUAGGCAGAAGCGAUCCAAAGAAGCGGAAGAAAAAACACGAAUCAACUAUACAAGAAAACUGGACGAUGUCAAGAACAAAAUAAAACAACAUGAAAACAAUAUAAAAUUAACCGAUGAGAAGAUUGCUAGUAUUGAAGUGGAGAAAACACGAUUGAGCCAACAAAUAGAGAAAACAGAAAGUGAAAUAGAAUUUUGCGAAAUGUACUGCAAAUCUUUGAGAGAGGAUAUCGAAAACCACAUAACUAACAGACAGUUAAAGUACGAAAUGGUUCUGAGGGUGCAAAAGAGACUAAACUGUUACAGAGAUUUGAGCUUGAACAAAAAACCUUUCCUACAUACGAAAAAGGCGCUUAUUCCAAACGUGCUCUCUGAGCAGAAGGAUAUGAAUGCUAAAUUGUGUCGAGUGUUGGAACAAUUAAAAGCUGAUUUUCCGAACUUGGAUGUUAUAUUUCAAAGAUUGUAUAACACUUUGAAGUUGCACGUUUUUACUCGGUAUGAGAGCCAUCUUGAAGUUAGGAUGGGGGUGUAACAUUUAAAAUACAUACAUCAAAAUAAAGAAAUGAUUU